AUUUUGAAAUAUUACUACAUAAUCAGCUGUCAUUCUACCGUGAUGGAUACUCGUGAAAUAGGGUAUAGUCUACAAUAUCAAAGUUAUUUUUUCAAAAUACUGUGUAAACGCGGCUUAACGACUGUAUUGAUCUUUUCGUAAUUAUUUUCGUCUCACUGUUGUAAAAAUUAAAUUUUCUCGCCGCUUCUCUUUUCCAAUUUUCCUUGUUGUAAAAUUAUAUCUACACCACUGGGUAUUUGAACUCGUUAUGUAAUGUUUGUACUUUAGCACUCAAUUUGUAAUAAAAAUGUAGAUAAUUUGCAAUUUGCAAAUCUCAUUUACACUUUGUCGUGUCAUAACCUCACUUUUAUGCCAGCCAAACAAAAAAGCCCUGUAAGACCUGGCAGUAAUUUUUAAAUUAUUUCACAUAGUUUCAUGUAAAUAGUAAGAUGACUCUAACUGUGAAUCAUCUCAUGAAUACCCUGAAAAACUCCCAUAAAUUUGAUCGUGUAAUGAAAGAUAUUGUAUUGAAAGUACUAAAAGAAGGAAAGUGUGUAGCAGAAAUGAAAGUUGGAGAGGAGCAUACAAAUCCUAUAGGCGGACUACAUGGGGGCUGUUCUGCAACACUUGUUGACAACAUUUCUAGCUAUGCACUGCUUUCGCAUGGUAAAGGAGCUGUAGCUAGUGUGUCAGUAGAUAUGCACAUGACGUAUAUGAAGGGUGCAGUGGUAGGAGACACGAUAAAAAUCGACGCCAGAACUCUGAGAGUAGGAAAAACUUUGGCAUUUUUAGAAGUUGACAUCACAAAUAGAGAAACUGGUGAUCUGUUAGUUAAGGGUACAUGAAGGGUGCAGUUGCAGGUGACACAAUAAUGAUCGUUGGCAGAACGUUGAGAGUAGGAAAAACUUUGGCAUUUUUAGAAGUUGACAUUACGAAUAAAGAAACUGGUGAUCUUUUAGUUAAGGGUUCCCACACAAAAUAUUUAUUAAGUAAACCAAAUGGAAAAUAAAACUCAUUUUAUUUAUUGUACAGUAUUUAUUGUGUUAAAAAUAUAAAUUUAUUUACUUUUAAUUACUGCACUUUACUUUUCAUAACACAUUGUAAUAACUAAAACAAGAUUUAUUUUUGCUAUUAAAUUGUAUCAAACCAAGAAAGGAA